GAGUAUCCUUACUAGGUGCUCACUCACACUCACUGAUAAGUCGAUGUACCUCACACUUCACUUAUCUUACCUUACCAUAUGAUGUGAUGUACGAUAGAGAGCUGCCAGGAACGGAUGCCUUAUCUAUAUAUAAUAUCGCUGACGUACCUGUUCUCGUUUUAUUAUUCUCUCGUCCCAUCUUGCGAAGUUACUCAAAUAAAGUUGCGCACCCACGUUAUUUUCCCCCGAGACACAUUCCCACUCGAACUCACUCACCAAAAUCGCGAACCGCAGAACCUACAUCAUACCUGUAACCUCACAACUCGAACACGAUGACUGCCGAAGUAUCCCAUGGAAGAGGUGGCGCCGGAAACAUGGCCGUUGACGACACCCAGUAUAUCGACGGCGAGGUCGUGAGAGCAGGCCCUGAGGGGUCCCAGGGAACUGGCGCAUUCAGCGCAGGUCGAGGAGGUGCCGGUAACAUCGGUGACGCCAAGGAGGAGCCCGCUCCCCGCUCCGACAAGGACCUCAUCCCCGAGGAGGCCUACCGCCCCUCCAUGGAGGGCCAGGACUACCACGUCGGCCGGGGCGGCGCGGGCAACGCCGUCGAGACGGAGAAGUCGGCUGCACACAAGGACAUUGACCACGAGAAGAAGGCUGCUGCGCAGGCUCGCGCCGACGGCCACUCGGGCGUCAGCGUCGCCGACAAGCUCAAGGCCAAGAUCCUCGCACCCUUCCACAAGAAGUAAGAAGGAAACGACUGUUCUGUUGAAAAAAGCGCACGGAGAUGGGAAAAGGAGAAGGUCGGUAAUUUGGGAUGUUGAUGUGCGUUUUUGUUCUUGUGACGGAUGCUGGUAGGACCUGGGCUGGAAGUUUGUUUUUGACAUACCCUUCACGAUAUCCCCCAUUUCGUAGAAACUUUUUCGUGUCGGGACUUUGUCCCGACUUCUUGAAUGAUAUCCUGCCACUGGCAUACUUAUUUUCCCUGGCAAAAUCCCCGUCAAACCAGCUCUCAUCGUGUUCCGUGCAAUGCAUCCAUCCCAAUGUGUCGAUCCAUGUUUUGGUGAGCGCGGGUUGCGCGCGGAUGGAAGCACCCUCGCAACCAAGCCACCAAGACCUUCCUCACUGGAAUUGUGAGUCUGGAUGA